CUCAACCUCAACCAUCACGAUCACCAACACCAACACGACCCCUACAAUCACUAGGAAGCCAAUUACGACUAGUACUCAACUACUACCUGCACUGGCCAUCAUUGAGUCCACCGGGACAUACAAUACCUUCUGUUCCUCGCCCCUUCCUGCCCUUUGACGAUGUAAAUGAACUGAAUGUUAAUGGCAGCACAAAUUAUGCUCCUUCAUCCCUUCCUCCGUUGCUGCUGCAAUCCCGUUGCAAUUACAUCGACCCUCUACCAGUAGAAGUCCAACGUCAUUGUCGAGACUAGGAUCAGGCUGUGCUUACGGCGAAGCCAUGCAGAACUUGAAUGCCAGUGUAGGAAGUUCGAGCCUAUGUUUGCAGCUAGCAAGAAAAGACCUCACUUCACGAUCAUCGUCUCGAUCCACCGAUCUUGCUCAACGGUGGCCGCACGGCCUUGAUCAACGAGAAGGGCAUCGAAUAUGAGAGGACUCGAAAGAUGUGGACCACGACAUGACGGAUAGGAGGCGAGGAUAUUGGCUUUGAGCUGCUCUCCCACACUACUCCAUCGAAGUGUUUUUCACGCGGGUAUAUUAUUGUCGAUGGCCCGUCUUCCACCGGCGCGGUCCAUGCUCUUGCUCCUUGGUGGACAACAGCGUUAAACUCGUUACGGGGAGUCUUGACUUCGGAUCACCAAGCUUUCUUCGAGAAAGGCCAUAUCCAUAUCCCAACUCCGGCUGAUUGCAAAUUCAGUUUCAAUUGUCCAAGAAGAACGACUGUUAGUCCUGCCCGAUCACGUCCUGCCUUCGGUUCACAUCCUACCCGUCCACUCGCUAUCCACACAGUAAACGCAGAAUGCCAUACUCGGACAACAUCCAUACCACUAUUGAGGGAUCCCAUACACUACUGGGGACAGUGACGUGCAGGGAUUAGAGACCGCGGCGACUUAACCUCCGCCUCGCCGACAUCCUGCAGCUUUAGGGUCGUCUACCUGAACUAUCGAUCAUCCACCUUGAUAGGCUGCAUCUGCCAUCUCGGCAGUGCGUCGCCUCCUCGCGACGCGCCGAACUUGAACUCGCGACGUCCUCACUCAUUAUUCCUCCGCUGGCACUUUAAGCGAAGGAGGUCGCAUAACCGAACGACCUACUACGAAUUGUAUGGCAAAACAUUGCACAGAUUACACGGCACAGGCUCUUACAUCACGGUUGCUCCGAUUCACGUUCAUGGAAAGUUGCCAUUCAUCAUCCGAAAUGCAAUUCAUCGUAAAACAAAGUUUCUUCUGCAGGGACCCAGGUGGCAGGCAUGUAACCUGUUGUGAAAGGUCUAGCAUUAUUGAAGUCAACACACAGUACGUUCGUCAUCGCGGCGGCAGCUCCACCUCUUCACAUUUAGACAGUCGCACGUGGAAUUAACUACCCAGCAUUCGAGCUUGGAGGCUCGCCCAAGUCAAGAUUGUCUCUGCCUCGCCAAUAUGCAUGGAUGCUUGGCUGGAGGAGUGCUUCAAAGCACAUUGGCAACCUCUCUCCGACAUGUUCUGCAGGGCGUAUUUGGAAAUCUGGAAUCAUUGGAAAUCUGGAUUUGCCAAAAACAUAUAUGGCAACCUUGCUGAUGUGGGACAAUUGGCAUCGUACAACAUGGCUGUUUGGUACCACGACAACUUCAGCACACCGCCCUGGUUCGUAAGUAUUUAAUCUUCUCCUCUUUUCCCUUUGGCCCAAUCCCGCAGAAUGUUCUUUCGGAUCUUCCCUGUGCUCGUCUUGGGCAGUUCGGGAACAAUCUCUACUUCGCGGGGUACCAUGAACCGGCUUAUUCCUGGAUGGUCCUUCGCCCACUUGAUGACAUCCUCGCCAGUCACUUUGGACCCCGGCUUGAUGGUGAUAAACGCCUUGGGCCUCUCACCCCAGUGGCUAUCGCUAACAGCCGCAACACCACAUUCAAGGAUAUCGGGGUGUGUGACGAAGAUGGAUUCUAGAGCAACAGAGGAAAUGUUUUCGCCACCUGGGAAGCAAAGUCAGCAAUGCGCCAGGAGGGGGAAAAGUAAGUCGCCCUACCAGAAAUAAUAAUGUCUUUGGCUCUGUCGAGGAUCUGUAUAGCCCCAUCCGGAUGCCAGACAGCCAGGUCGCCUGAGUGCAGGACGCCGCCUGCGAAUAGCUUCCUCGUAGCGGCCUCGUCCUUAUAGUACCCCCGAGCGCAAAGGUUCCCAACGAAGACAAUCUCGCCAAUCUCCUUACCGUUCUUCUCGACAUCCACAAUCGUCCCUUCGGGUAAGUCGGUCUUGAUAACUCGAACGGGCAGGGAGGUGACAAUGCCGUGACCCUGACGGGCCAUCUUGGCAUAUUUAUCCUUGACAUUAGGCAGGUUGUCCCAUUCUGGCAAAAUGUAACCUUUGGUGAUGGGGCCAUACGUCUCUGUCAACCCGUACACAUGGACGGGACGCAGAUUGAGGUUGGUCAUCUGCUCGAACAAGUGUGCCGUGGGCGGGCUGGCGGCCACUGUCACCCGGACUGGCUGGGCAAGCUUAGCGGCGUUGGAGUCUGCGCAGAGGAGAGUGUUGACCGUCGGAGCUGCGCAGUAGUGGGUGAUGCCCUCUUCCUUCAGCAAGCGCCAAAUCUCCGGGUAGUCGAUCUUGCGCAAGCAGUAAUGUGUGCCUCGCACGGCGGUAACGGCCCAGGGGAAGGUCCACCCCAUGGCGUGGAACAUGGGCAGUGUCCACAAGUAUUUACAACGCUCGCCGUCGUGGUAGGAGAGACCGGAUUCGACGACAUUGGCUAGAGCGGCCAGAUAGCCACCUCGAUGAGUGUACUCGACGCCUUUGGGCCGGGCGGUGGUGCCCGAGGUAUAGGCCAAGGCCGUGACAGCAAAUUCAUCAGCGGUUUGGGCCUCGAGGCCCUCCCAACCGCGCGCACCCUGCGAGAUGUCAUACUGCAACCCUUCAAGAACAGCUUCGUCGAAGGGACCACACAACUGGCCUUCGAUCGCAUCCGUGUCCGUAUCCACAAUGAGGGGCACGUUGGGAUGCUUUGCCUUGAAGUCAUCCAACAGGUGCAAGAACUCAGCGUCGACGACAAUGGCAUCGGCGUCAGCAUGGUCAAAUAUAUAUGCUAUGUCGUCUUGCUUCAGACGAUAAUUGAUGGCGAUAUUGACCGCACCCGCCGCGCCAAUGCCAAAGACGGCCUCAAGAAAGGCCGGUGUGUUGGUGCAUAAUAUGCCCACUCUUUUGUACCCCUUCUUCUUCAGAUAGUAAGCAAAACCGCGGGCUCUAUCGGCAAAUUCGAUAUAGGUUCGGCGCAGGAUCUUGUUGUUGGCGGUGCGGUGAUAGAUGGCCGGGGCGGCCGGUUCGAUGGCGGCAGCACGGGGCAGGAAGAAGGCAGGCGACAACGUAUGGUUGUUGAACCAGGACGGCGUGCCGACUUUGUGUCCAUCAAUGGUCAGGUCAUCGAUGCUCUUGCUUUGAUUUGUAGAAGGGCUCGAGGUCGUGGAGCCGGGGUGGAGGAAGUGGUUGGCGAGAUUGCUCAACCGAGCUCUGGGGGAGGACAUGGUCCUACAAGGGGUGUAAGAUAGCCCAGGUAUCUGUUGAAGGUACCUUCAGGCCUCUGGGUAACGCACCGGACGUGUGAUGGUACACGCCUGGGGCCCGAUGAAACGACCAGUAGUUGAUGCGGAGAGAACUGGAGACGCAGAGCUGGAGAGGAGAGAUUAUGCGGAGGGCCGUUUCCCCAGGCUGGAAGGCAGAGAAAGAAACGAGAAAAAUGUCCGCGCAGGAUGCAGGGAAGAAAGAUAUAGCAAUGCAGAGUUUGGAAGUGAUUGACAGCGGUUAAUAUGUCGUGCUCAGCUUUUGAGCGCCGCUCAGCUGUCGAUGUAGCUCGGUUGUUCUGCCCUUCCGCCGAGAAAUCGCCCAGCGCGGGGAAGACAUCAUGGACUUGAAAGCAUGGACUGGACUGUUUCUCACCAUUCGUCGAAGCGCACCCUCGUUGGCUUAUACGAAAAAUUGUCACAUAUUGCAAACUGUGUCCUCUCAGCCUCGCCGUCAGCGUGAUCAAGGAAGGAGUUCAAAAGUGCUUUGCGUUGUUACAGUGCAUCGACCACUGUGCAAAUCGGCCGAGAAACUUAGGUGACGAUGAAAGAACGAUAGCUUACAUAAUCCACCCUUCGGCUGAGGCCUCUCGUGCAUAGGUACCUUGUAGGUAGGUAGGUACCUUAAAGUCUGAGAUUGUGUGCUCGAAAUGCAAGGCUACCUACCGUGAAGGUGCAUGUCUUACUGUGUCUUUCAGCAUGACUAGUGAGCUUGCUUCUUCUAGAAGAAAGGGCAUAUUCCAAUCUAGCACUGCAUCCUGGGCCUGGAUCAAAAAUGCAUUACCCGCAAGCCCAGUCAGUCCAAGGGAUAUUUGUGAUUCCGACUGCGCCUCAAGCAUAGCCCAAAGACCAGAACGUCUCGAUGUUCUUGCCCGUGUCCUCAUCAAUGUAGGGCAAUGCCUCCCUCAACGUGACGUUUUGACCAUGGAUCUCGGCAAUUUGUCCCGUCAGCGACGGGUCAGACACCAGCUGUGCCACUCCUCUCGUCAGGGUGGACAUGGGCGUGAUGAUCAUCGGUUUGAAGAGGUCUUUGCUGGGAGCAAUGUUGGUUUCUGCAAAAAGUAUAUAAGCAACUAAUACAUCCUUGUCAACGAGGGUCUGACACCACAUACCAAGAACAGCGGGCGCCAGCGCAUUGAUCUGGAUAGACUCUUUGAGAAGCGGUCGAGCGAGCGACCGAACAAACCCGACAACUCCAAACUUGGAAGCGGCAUAAAGCGGUGCCACAGGAAAUGGAUAUAAGCCGGCAUUCGAGGCUGUGCAGACGAUUGAUCCUCUAGAUGCCGUCGCACCAUUCCCCGACACGGCAUUCUUUCUGAUGUAAUGAAUCGCCAACUUCACAGCUGUCGAGGCACACACGUGUCAGUAUGAACAACUUCAACGACGGGAACCAAAACAAGGGGGACUUCUUUCUCACUAUAUAUAGUCCCAGUCAAGUUGACAUCCAGGGUCUUCAAGGAUGGCUUGGACGGUUUCUCUUCGUCGACAAUGAGCGAUCCCUCUCUGGAAAUGCCCGCAUUGGCCAUCACCACAUCAAUCCGCCCUUGUUCCUGGUGAACCUGCUCGAAAGCCGAGGCCAGCUCGUCCCAGUUGGAGACAUCGGCCUUUUUGAACGUGAAACUCCCAUUUUGGAUUUCGGAUGUUAGUUGCUGCACAAUCUCUGCACCGUCCGGGUUCACGUCCAGCACCGAAACGUGUGCUCCUUGUUCGGCGAAGGAGCGUGAGAUUGCAAGUCCAAUCCCUGAUGCACCUCCUGUUGACUCGGCACAGAGUUAGUACUUCUGUCCUGUUGACCCCAAGCAUAAUGGCCUUCGAAAAAUAGGACAGACUCAACCUGUUACGACGACGCUUUUCUUCGGGGCCGCCAUGGUAUUUUGAGGACUAUAGCCGAAAGUCUUGAGAGACCGAGCCCGAAAUUUCAGUGUUUCGCAAGAGCAGAUGCUGGUUUGGCUUUUUGAUAUUUGACGCAAAACAGUUACUGAUUCCAGAAAUCAACAAUCAUGCUGCCACUCACACCCGUGCGCUGAGGCUUUGUGCAUCAUCGGCGCCGCAAGAAAGGGAGCCAUUAUGAUCGGAAGUGCCCCUCAACCGCAUUGGAGACCCGGGCACUUUCCCAUGUGGGGCUCAGCCUCGACAACCGGAAACCGUCCUUUCCCAGUGGCGGGCGCCCCCGUAUUCGGCCAUGUGCGCGCUCUCCACGCACGCCAACAGCUUCCAAUUGCCGAGCAGAAGCGCGGAUAUGGCACAUCAGUACCUAGGUUGUAUGGGGAGUGUGGGUGGCUUAUCCACUUUUCAGAUAUGCCCAUUCGCAUCGAGAUGCGCCGCACAACCACAGCACCUGAAGCAUAUCUUGCCACGGCAGCGUAGCUUUGCCAAUUCCAACACAAACCAUUCCUCUUAUACGCUGUCCUCACUUCAAGAGCAUACGCACUUGAUCUGAAGCUCUACAGAGAAGCCUUGAGGUCAAGAGUUGCAAACCGCAAAAUGGCUGAGAUCACCAUCGAUCAGACAACUCUCCAAUCCGCCAAAGGGAAAGUUGUGGUUAUUGCAGGUGGCGCCCAAGGGAUCGGCGCCGCGACAGUCACUCAACUGUACCAGUCAGGAGCCCAAGUAUUCUUUGGCGACUGGAGCGAGGCACAGGGUUCCAAGCUUGCAGAGGACCUUCGCAGUUUCCCCCAAUCUUCCGGAGGCAGCGUGACAUAUCUCAAGGUCAAUGUCCGGGAUUACCAGUCUCUCCUAUCGCUCUUUGAUGCGGCGUACGACAAACACAAGCAGAUAGACAUGGCAAUAUGCUGUGCAGCGGUAACGGAACGGCAGGGGUACUGGGAACCCGACAGGUUAAAUCUCCAGAGUGCAAGGGAGACGCCGACCGGCAUCUUUGAUGUGGUCGACAUUAACUUGAACGGCACGUUAUACUUUGCCCGCUUGGCCGUAGCGUACCUCAAGGAGGGCCACCAUUUCGACCAGGAGAAAACCACGGCGGAAUCCAUCGUCUCGUCCAAAUCAAUCACCUUGGUAUCGUCUGUGGCAGGCUUCAAAGAGUCCCCGGGCCUUUUCGCUUACUCCGCUGCCAAACACGGUGUUUUGGGGUUGAUGCGAGCCCUGAGGCCUUUCUGUGCGCCGCUGUAUGGAUUGAGAGUUAAUGCCAUCUGCCCCUGGGCUACCGACACACAACUUCUCUCCGGCGUUCGCCAGGCCUGGGUUCAACACAAAAUGCCGAUGAACACUCCCUCCGAUGUGGCACGGUACAUCAUUCAGGUCGCGGCGGACGAACGCACGCAUGGCAAAGCUCUUUUCGUGACGGGCGGCACCGCGGUCGAUAUCGAGGAGGGCCUGAACCGCACGGAGCCGGUGUGGCUGGGUGAGAAGAAUAGUCGUGAGUUGAACGAAGGACAGGUGAUUCUCGGAUUGGGAAUGGACUGGGGCGAUACAGGGUCCUCAACCAAGUGAGAUAUUCGGCUCAAGGAAGACUGCAUGUGGCUUUGACGGUAGAACAAGCGCGGUGGGGACCGUGGCGUUUGUAAUGCCUCAGUCGGCGUGGUCGAUGCAUCACAUCGCCUACGCCGAGCUCCUUGUGGAACGUGGAAGAAGUCCUGAAGCCUUAAACAAAGGACUUGAGUAGUCAAAGAAGUUAGACUCAAGGGCACCACGCAUGUUGGAUGCCUCAGAGGUCACAUUUUUGCUGGCACCUUGGCCACGCCGGAUUACCUUGCAAACAGCGUCAACUCUGACGGCCAGAAUCAUUGGGAUGAUAGACGCGGCUACCUGGAAGUACGUUGUAGAUGCGCCGAUAUCAUAGUCCGGGUCGAUUAUCAAGAACCGGCCCGAGCGCAGAACGAUCUGAUGUUGACAAGUUUGUUCCGAGCCAGAAAAAGAUACCUGGCAAGCCAAAUGGCACAGGAGUGACUACUCGUUUCUGAUUUCCUUGGGAAUUACCCUCCGUGUCUAA